ACUCUCAAACAGAGAAUUCCAGGGGGGCUUGGGGAGCCUCUGGAGAAAAGCCAGGCUCCUCAUGUUACAAGGAGGCCAUGUCUUCUGGCGUCCAUGCCUGAAGUUACAGGAGGGAAGAAUUACUGCUGCUGACUUUUGAGUGAAUUUUACAGCUGGGUAAACUGAGGCUCAGAGAGUGUUGUACAUUAUAAACCGGGGCUGCUGAUGAGGAGUGGGGAACUGGCUCUCUGGAACGUGUGACAGCAGGCAGAAGGGGGCAAUUUGCAUAUUUCUCCGAAGAACCAUCCAGAACCUGAACAGCCUGUCUUCAGACAGAGGCCCACAGCUGUUUCUUGAAAUCUGAGGCUGGGAAUGGCCACGUGGAACAGGCCAUGCCAGAGGCUGCCUCAGCGGCCUCUGGUAGCUGAGCCCACUGCAGAGGGGGAGCCACACCUGCCCACGGGCCGGGAGCUGAUUGAGGCCAACCGCUUCGCCUAUGCUGCCCUCUGUGGCAUCUCCCUGUCCCAGCUAUUUCCUGAACCCGAACACAGCUCCUUCUGCACAGAGUUCAUGGCAGGCCUGGUGAAGUGGCUGGAGUUGUCCAAAGCCGUCUUGCCAACCAUGACUGCUUUUGCGAGCGGCCUGGGAGGCGAAGGAGCAGAUGUGUUUGUUCAGAUUUUACUGAAGGACCCCAUCUUAAAGGACGACCCGACGGUGAUCAUUCAGGACCUUCUGAGCUUCUCACUCAAGAAUGGGCACUAUGAUGCCCGGGCCAGAGUCCUCGUUUGCCACAUGACCUCCCUGCUCCAAGUGCCCUUGGAGGAGCUGGAUGUCCUUGAAGAGACGUUCCUGGAGAGCCUGAAGGAAGUCAAAGAGGAGGAAUCUGAAAUGGCUGAAGCAUCCCGGAAGAAGAAAGAAAACCGGAGGAAAUGGAAGCGUUAUCUCCUGAUAGGCCUGGCGACUGUCGGAGGCGGAACGGUGAUCGGCGUGACCGGAGGUCUAGCUGCACCCCUUGUUGCCGCUGGAGCAGCGACGAUUAUUGGCAGCGCUGGGGCAGCAGCUCUGGGCUCAGCAGCCGGCAUAGCCAUCAUGACCUCGCUGUUCGGUGCAGCUGGAGCUGGCCUGACAGGAUACAAGAUGAAGAAGCGAGUGGGAGCCAUUGAAGAGUUCACGUUUCUGCCUCUGACGGAGGGCAGGCAGCUGCACAUCACCAUCGCCAUCACUGGGUGGCUCGCAUCUGGCAAAUACCGUGAGGACCAGGAGGACCAGAAGUGGAGGGGGGUGGGCAGUGGCUGGCCUGGGCCAGACCCUGGGCUGGGUUUUUACCUGGGCUAGGGAGCAAGCAUGGGGAGCCCCAUUUUGCAGAGGAAGAAAUUGAGGCUCAGAGAGGUGAGGCAACAUCAUCUCACAUCUAUCCACCUGCCAUCAUCUCUCCAUCCAUCUAUCCACCUGCCCAACCACCUACCCACCUGUCCAUCCACCCAUCCACCCAUCCAUCCAUCCAUCCACCCACCCACCCUUGUACCUGUUCACCCAUCCGCCCACCCACCUGUUCAUCCAUCUGCCCACCCAUUUAACCACCCUUCUAUCUAUCCAUCCAUCCAUCUACUCUUCUACCUGUCUACCUGUCCACCCACUCACCUGUCUACCCACCCAUCAACCCAUCCAUCCAUCCACACUUCUACCUAUCUCUCCACGCACCCACCCAUCUAUUCAUCCAUCCACCCUUCUACCUAUCCACCCAUCCACCCACCCAUCCACCAGCCCCUCUGUUCAUCCAUCCACCCAUCCACCUAUCUGUCCAUGUAGCCGUAUUUAUAAAGUGCUGUACUUACCAUGUGUCAUAUACUGAACCAGGUCUUAGGAAUUCAGUGGUGAGCAGCACAGCCAUGACCUCUACUCCCACAGAACAUACAGCCCAAGAUAGAAGACAGACCGAGUAACUAAAUGGGAGCCUUAUGGAUGGCAUAAUAGGGGAAGCACAGGGUGUUUCUGGGGAAGGUUCUGAAGGCAGUGACAUUUAGGCUAAGGGCUAGCUGGGAGUUAGCCCGAUAAACCAGGAGCAGAAAGUGCAUUCCAGGCAAAGGGACAGCAGGUGCAAAGGCCCAGUGGUUUGAAAGAACCAAAAGAGCACAGGAUGGCUGCAGCAAGGAGCCAGAAGGCAGGAAUGUGGGUGGAGCCAGACCACACAGGAUAAUGUGAGCUGUGGCAAGAAGUUUGAAUUUGUCCUCAGAGCAAGUGGAAGAUAGCAAAGGACUUUAAGCAUGUGAGUGAGAGAUCAGUAUGUGUUGGCUACGUGACCUCAGCAAGUUAUGUAACUUCUCUGUAUCUCAGCUGCUUCAUUUGUAAAGUGGAACAAAUUAUUGCCACCUUUUCAGGAUGCUGCGAAGAUUAAGUGAGGAACAUCACGUGGUUUCUAGUUGGCAUGACGCAAACAUUAGUUCCCUUUGCUGUUCUAAUUUGAACAUGCAUAUUUUGGGGGAUUCUAGCCAGGGUGGCAUUGAGGACUCACACCGUGGUCCACUUGUUACUUGACCCCUGCAAGUGCCCAGCGAGAGGCUCAACAAACAACAAACAGUGCAUCCCUUAGAGAAAGAGCAGGGUGGGCAUGGGAAUCCUAAGUGUCCCAACCUGACCACUCAGGCACGCCUGCCCAGAGCCUCCUGGGUGCCCAAGUCUCUGACCUGAGGGCAGAAGUCGCAGAUCUGCCAAACCACACAGAAGAAAGCCAGCGAGAAACAUUUAGAGGUGUCACCAGGCGCCAGGGUCUUAUUGGUGUGUGACCGCCAGGCGCCACCCGUGCACAGAGGUCACUAGCGUUCAGUGAGCACCUCGUUCACACCUACCCUGAGUCUGGCAUUUUACCAGCACAGUAGGAACUUGGUAUGGUUACCUCCUAGAAACCUCACUUCCACCCUCCGAGGUGGGGCGGUUCUGACCCUGAUCUGUCCGAAGGGGAACCCUGGCAGGGGAGUAGCAGAUGCAGAAUUCAAACCCAGGUCUCCUGAUCCAACACCCAGGGUUUUUCAAUUGUUUUCAUUUUACCGUGCUACAGGAAGGAGCAAGAACAAGAGCCCAGGUGAAGGAAUUUGCAAGUCUGGCCGGCAUGGAAAGCAAACUCCUUUCUUCACUUUGCCCCUAUUUGUUCAGUUUGCCCCGGGUUAAAGGUCAAGUUCAUUUGGGGAUGAGGGAAGUCUUCAUUGAUCUCCAUCAGUCUAGUGUGGGACACUCAGGGAAAGGGCUGGGUAAAAGAAAUACAACCAAGCUAGAGAAAGUUUCAGAAGGAAAAAAUAUCACGUAUUCCUACCUCCUUGAGAGCCAGGAAAAGAAGCCUUAUCAUCACAUGGUUGCUUUUUCCAUGUGAUAGGAAUGACCGGACUUUCUUUGGCCCACCCCUUUAUUAAUCUUGAUUAUGUACAAUAAAGAUAAAAACUUUGUAGCCAA